AGGUUGCUGUUUGGUGCUGAUGCUGCUGAGCUGCAGAUCUUCACUCUGAACGAAGCCAACAGAGACCGAGCAUCACUGCAGGGAACAGCCUCUACCUCACCACAGUGUCUUUGAAACAAACAGCAGCAGCAGCAGAAUGACUCUAGCAGCGUACAGAGAGAAGAUGCGAGAGCUCCCCCUGGUGUCUCUUUUCUGCUCCUGCAUCCUUCCUCAACCCAGAGACACUACAGCCGACAAGGAGGAAGCUGGCAUAGUGGAUUUGAACCUGUGCAACAUCAGGGACAUGGAGGUGAUCGAGCUGAGCAAGCGGGCGAGUGGCCAGGCCUUUGAGGUCAUCCUGAAGCCGCCCACCUUCGAUGGCAGCCCUGAACUGAGGGCCACCACACCGCCUCGCCAGAAACCAUCACUGGAGGAAAUCCAGAAGAAAUUGGAUGCCGCUCAGGAGAGGAGGAAGUGGCAGGAGGCGGAGCUGCUGAAACACUUGGCCGAGAGGAGGGAGCAUGAGCGUGAAGUCGCUCAGAAAGCUUUGACCAAAGAGCGUCAGGAGCACCGUGCCGACGCCAACAGGGAGCAGCGGCAGAUGCACCUGAACACCUCACAGGAACAGCUGCAGGAGGAGGACAAGCACAGUGUGGAGGUGUCUUGAUGGCCUGAUCACAACACAAGCUGAACUUCUUUUGGAUGCCAUUUUGGAGGGCUGAUGAGCUGAGGAUUGAUGCGUCUGGAUCCCGGCGCUGGUUCGACUGGGUGACUGACAGGAAGCGACUGAAAACAGUGAGAUCAGAAGAUGAGAAAGAGGAGGAGGAAGUGGAGCGCUGAAAGCGAGUUUGAUGGCACGACCUCCUCUGAACAACCAGGACUCUUUAUAACAAGAAAGACUCUUUAUAACGAGAAGAACUGGUGAAACUAAGGGACGCUGCACUCAUCAUUAGAUGAUUCACAGGGGUUUUACUGUGCUUUGUUUCCAUACCAGCAGUGCCAAUGCAUUUGUGUGUGCGAUUGUGUAUCAAGGAUUCAACAUCUUCACAAGACUACAGAGUUGUUCCUGACACAACCAAACAGACCAACAGACAUCAGACUCAAACGUGCACAACUCAGGCCCACAAAAGACCGGACUGCCUCCACCUGCCAGGGGGGUAAAUGUGGAGGCGUCUCUGCUAACUGGACACACAGCUAAUCUGAGUUACACAAUCACUCCUGCUGGACAGUGUCCAUUUACUGUGAGAUGACAUGACAACAAGAAACGUUUGAUCAGUGAAGUGCAGUUCUUUAGUGACUAGUGGCAGUGAUGGCAAAUACAAAACCAAACGCUUCUCACUGGGCUGUAGCCAGAGCACCCAAGUCGAAUCUGAGCUAAAGUGAGCAGAGAGAUCAAGUCAAGACCGGUAAAGGCAAAUAAAUAAAAAAUCAAGUGGACAUUUGGUCAAGACCAGAGACUGUAACAGGCAGCAUUAGUAGCUGAGACCAAGAUGGGUUUGUCACAAAAACCCACUGAGUCCGAAUCACUCAGCUGAGAUAAACUGCUCACAAGACAAGUCCAAGUUAUAAUAUCAGCAAAGCUGGCUGAUCCACCACCCUGAGACAAGUCUGGGUCAAAACAUAAAUAAUACUUAGACAUGUUCAAAUUAAAACACUAAAACGAGUAUGAGUCAAAAUGUCCAAGAGACUGAGACAGUUCCACAACACUGAGAAGAGUCUGAGUCUAAAUGCACAAGAUUGAGACAUGUAAUUAAAAUACCCCUCAAGAUUAGACUUGAGUACUGCAGGCCUGUUUUCGCAGUCCCCAGAUUUUAAUUUUCAGUUUCUACAUCAGGAUUUGUCUCACAUUUCAGAACAUUAAGGCCAUGCACUAAAACGAGCAUGCUAGCAUGAAUGCUGCCAUCUAAAGCUGUGUAAACUGGGUGAGAAGACGAGGCACGACUGCUACUGACAUCAGCGUCAGCUAGUUAGCUCUUGUGGCUACAUCACAGGUUACUCACCUGUCCAGUAAUCAUUAGUACCCCCCACCCCCACCCAGCUGAUAUGAAUGAAUGCAUUUUGCUGAUAAAUAAUCGACUGUGUACAGCGUUUACAGCUUUUGGUCUGUUUCCCUGGCAACGUCAGUGUAAGUGAGUCAGAGUGUGAUGAUGAUGAUGGUGAAGAUAAUGUAAAGAAAUCACGUUAUAUUUUAAAUUGA